UGGCAAUCUUCACCCACUUUUUCUCUUAACCCUUUGAAAAGCAUUCCAUUUUUUUCUCAUAAACCCUUUAUAGACUUUGAUUUGCCAAGCUUUUGGGUUUUUAGUUUAAUGGUGAAGUAAGUAGCACAUGACGGCUACUACUCUUUCAUUCAUGCUUACACAGUCACAUACACCUCUCCCCGUAUGCUUACUUUUUGUGUGUGUGAAACAGAGAAGAGACACUUGAAGAAGAUGAUGACUGGUUUUCCUUCUUCUCUAACCUCUAGCCGGAUUCCGGUAGCCACAAAGUUCAGAUAAUCCUCCCCCUCUUCAGCGUUUGAAAAGGAGGAGCAUUUCGCUUCUGGGUUUUCAUUUCAUUAGUUGGUUUUUCCCUGUUUCGGAUUUCUGGUUUAGGGUUCUCUCUGUUCUUGUCAAUGGGGGCUUCUGAUUCAAAACCCGGAAAGACUGAACCACUUAUGCUAUGCAAAGAAAGGAAGAGAUUCAUCGAACAAGCGAUUGAUUCGAGGUACGCUUUCGCCGCCGCGCAUGUAUCAUACAUUCAAUCUCUCCGAAACGUCGGCGUCGCUCUCAGGAGAUUUACGGAGGCUGAAGUACAGAAAGAAUCUUCUUCUCUGACCCCAACUUCGACAACCGAAGUUGACAAAACCCCUUCUCAUUCUUCAUACCCAUCACCAUCUCCAUCUCCAUCCAACUUUACUGCUGCCGAUUCCCCUCUUUCACCUCCAGUCUCUAGAUUGAGUUAUAUGAAAUCAUCUGUUGGAAAUUCGGUUUCUGUAAGUGUUGGACCUUGUAAAAAUGGGUACUUAAACCACUCUGAAUCAAUGUCAUUUUCAAUGCCUCCACCACCUCCUCCUCUACCAGAGCCAGGAUCCUCUUGGGAUUACUUUGACCCUUCUGAUGAUCUCGAGAGUUUCAGUUUUAUGAGAAAUGAGGAAUGGGACGUGGAUUUGGAUAAUGUUGAUUCUGAUACGGAGAAGGUUUUGAACAAAUCAUUGGUUCCAUUAGUGGUGAAACCUGCAUUGGAGAAGAAGGAAGUAGAGGAAAGAGAAGAUGCCAGUGAAUUCAUUACUCAUAGGGCUAAGGAUUUUCUUUCUAGUAUUAGGGAUAUUGAUCAUAAGUUCUUUAGAGCAUCAGAAGCAGGAAGAGAAGUUUCUAGGAUGCUUGAGUCUAAUAAAAUUAGGGUUGGAUAUUCUGUUAUGGAUGGGAGGAAAUCUUUAGGAAUAAAUGCAGCUUUUCAACGUUUAUGUUGCUCAAGAAGGAGGCCUGCACUUGUAUCACAUGAGACUUCAAAACCUGGUAUGAAGGUUAUUACAUGGAAGCGAACAACUUCUUCGAGAUCUUCUUCAUCAAGGAACCCUCUAAAAGAUGAUAACGAUGAUAGUGGAAGUGAUUUUAUGGAGGAUUUUGGCAUGAUUGCUGGAAGUCACUCUUCUACUUUAGAAAGAAUGUAUGCUUGGGAGAGAAAACUCUAUGAUGAAGUGAAGGCCAUCGAUUCCAUCCGGAAAGAGUACAAUCGGAAAUGUGAUAAGCUGAGGCAUCAAUUUGCCAAAGGCUUGAAGAGUCAAAUAAUUGAUAAAACGCGGGCAAUUGUGAAAAAUCUCCAUUCACGAACCACGGUUGCUCUCUUCACCGUUGAUUCAAUAUCGAAAAGAAUAGAGAAGAUGCGCGAUGACGAGCUGCUUCCACAGCUUCUCGAACUGAUUCAUGGUUUGAUUAGGAUGUGGAAAUCAAUGUUAGAAUGUCAUCACAGCCAAUACAUAACCAUUUCACUAGCCUACCAUGGAAAAAGCUCAAAAGCUAACGACCCUCAAAUAAUGAUGCUUCUCGAAGAAGAGAUCGAAUGCUUUGGCGUAAGCUUUGUCAACUGGAUUAACUGUCACACUUCAUACAUCGAAGCUCUCAACAGCUGGCUACAACAUUGCGUAUUGAAGCCACCCGAGCAAACGAAGGGAAGAAGAAUGGCAUUCUCCCCACGUCGGCUUGUGGCGCCUCCAAUUUUCAUUCUCUGUCUCGAUUGGCUGGCUGGGAUCAAGGCUUUUCCCUCAAACAACGUGAGUAAAGCUGUUGAAGACUUUCUGUAUCAGCUGAGACUCGAAAUGGAGAAGAGGGCGGUUAGAUAUGAUUCAGUUGAGAAAGAAGAGAAUGUGGUUGAUGGGUUAUCAGGAGACUUAAGGUGUAUACAUACGAGCUUGGCAAAGCUUUUCGAUGGUCUUCAUAAAUUCUCGGAGGCAUCGCUGAAGAUGUAUGAGGAUGUUCGACAAAAGAGUGAAGCUGCUAGAAAUAUCUACUCAAGUUAUAAGCAGCCUGUUGUUAGAUUCUGAUUGAAAUGAUGUUUGCACUUGUAGGAGUGACAUACAAUCUUUGUUUUGAUCUUUGCUCAUAAGAUUGUAUCUAUUAAUUGGAGGAUUUGAGGUAUAGAAUUAGAAGCUUAUGAACUUGAUUUA